GAAUGUGAAAGCCGUAAUGAGUUAGCAACGUGCACAGAGAACAUUCAGCGUGGAUGUUCAUGACUCCUGGAGGCUUCUUUUACUGAUCUGUUGUGUCUGGAGAGAAACACUCAUGGGAAGAAGAGUGUCGCUACUUGCUUUGGUCCUGUUUGCUGUGAUGCUGAUGGACACUGGCGCCAAGAAUUGUGUGUGCAGCGGAAGGUCACGGUGUCACUGUGAAGGAGUGAAAGGUAGCCGGGGAGACAAGGGUGUCCCAGGAGUUCCAGGUGCUCCAGGACCAGAGGGCCGCAAGGGUUCAGACGGUCACGCUGGACCCAGAGGACCAAAGGGCAACACCGGGCCGGAUGGACCUGUGGGCCUUCCAGGGGAUCCGGGUUUGACUGGCAAGGAGGGAUUUGCUGGCUCUCAUGGUUUACCGGGCAUCCCGGGACUGCAGGGCCCACCUGGACAAGCGGGGGCUCCAGGCUGCAAUGGAACAGAUGGAGACAAUGGACCUCCUGGUGCUCCUGGUGCCCCUGGACCUGAUGGACCACCAGGUCCACCGGGUGCUUCUGGACCAAAGGGCGAAUCUCCAGUGUCAGUGGAUGGAAUACCAGGACCACCAGGACUCCCUGGGAGAGAUGGCAAUCCGGGAGAGACAGGUUUCCAAGGAAAACCUGGGCGAGGUGGAGAUCCAGGACCACGUGGUCCAGUUGGACCCCCAGGCCGUGCAGGGACUCCAGGAUCCAAAGGUCAAGAAGGUUUUGGCGCUACCCCUGGACCACGUGGACUAAAGGGGAGAAAGGGCCUACAAGGACCACCUGGACCCCCAGGUCGGAUUAAGGAGUUCUUCACUGAGAGUCUUGUAUUAAAGGGUGCCAAAGGUGACAGAGGUGAUACAGGAGAUAAAGGCUGCAAAGGCGCACCGGGAGACCCUGGUGGGGACUCCUACACAAAAGGAGCAAAAGGAGACAGAGGUCAACCGGGUGCAGAAGGAAAGAUGGGGAAGGAUGGCGAACCUGGACAGGCUGGAUUCAUGGGAAGGCCUGGUUCUAGAGGCGAUCUAGGCUAUCCAGGAACACAAGGAGCGAUGGGUGAAAAGGGGGACAGAGGUCUCCCUGGUCCGCCCGGGGAACUAAAAAUAGUGGGACCUGUGGAUGGGCUGCUAAAGGGUUAUCAGGGAGAUCCAGGUUUUCCAGGAGAACCAGGACUAGUGGGACGCCAAGGUUUUGAGGGAUUUCCUGGACCAAUGGGCCCACCAGGAGAAUCACUUCAGAACUUUCCUGGUCCACGAGGUCCUGAUGGGUUUCCAGGUCCGAAAGGGGAUCCUGGGGAACCAGGCGAUAUUUACAGAGGGGCUCCUGGUCCAGAAGGGGAUCCUGGUGAUCAAGGGCCAGCUGGGGAUCAAGGCCCACGUGGACCUCCUGAAGAAAAAAAUGGCAAAAUAGUCAAAGGUCAGCCAGGAAUGAAAGGAAGCAGGGGUAUCCCCGGACCGGCUGGAUAUGAUGGGAUGUUUGGGAUGAAAGGGGAACAGGGUGAACCCUGCUAUGAUUGUACGUCAACAGGAUUACCAGGUCCGCCGGGUCCACCUGGUCCUCCAGGACGACCAGGAUAUAAUCAAGGACCAGGAGAGAAUGGUGAUCCGGGUUUCCCAGGACUUCAAGGCAUACGUGGAAGUCCAGGUCGUGUUGGUAUAACAGGAGUUCCAGGGUUCCCUGGACAAAAAGGAGAACCAUAUUCCGAUAUCGGUCCAGGGAUGAAAGGGGAGAGAGGAGACCUAGGAUACCCUGGCAGUCCCGGAAGAGAUGGCCUCCCUGGGUCUCAAGGAUUGUCUGGCCCCAAAGGUGUUCAAGGUCUUCCAGGGGAUUCGUAUCCCUACAAUGGUGGGAAGGGAGACAAAGGCUUCCCAGGUCCACCUGGACCUUCGGGCAGACCAGGGCCACAAGGCUACCCUGGACCAUUUGGAUAUGGUCCUGCUGGACCCCCUGGAACUAAGGGAGAUUUUGGGGUACCUGGCUUUCCUGGACAACCUGGAAUUCCAGGCCAGAAAGGAGAACCAAGCCGCAUCUACACCAAAGGUCUUCCUGGACCACGUGGAUUUAAAGGUCUACCUGGAUCACCAGGAAGAGAAGGUGAUCCAGGGGUUCCGGGUUUCAUCGGCAGACCAGGCUUCUCAGGACAGAAAGGGGAACCUGGUGAUACAUCAUUCCCUGGACCCCCAGGAGACCCAGGAGAGAAAGGUGAGAAGGGAGCCCUUGGUUUACCAGGUUCCACAGGUUUGGGUCUCCCUGGCCGGCCAGGUCAACAAGGGCCUCCAGGUCUUCCAGGCUUAAAAGGUGAUGCUGGUUAUGGAUAUCCGGGACUCAAAGGCCUCCCAGGAAUACAAGGAGAUGAAGGGUCUGAAGGCGCUUCAGGAGAUCCAGGAAUCCCUGGAUCACCUGGAAACCCGGGAUUACCAGGAAAUCCAGGCUCACCAGGAGAAAGAGGAAACAAAGGGUUAGUUGGACCACCUGGACCACCGGGUCCCAAAGGCUUAUGUAAUUAUUCUCUUCCUGGACCACCAGGACCAGAUGGUGCUUCAGGGUCUCCCGGACCCGAUGGCUUGCCAGGUAUAAAGGGAAAUAAAGGCUCUCCUGGGUUUGGUAGGCCUGGUCCAGCAGGAGAGCCUGGUCUUCCUGGGCCAACAGUGCCAGGUCCCCAAGGUGAUAUUGGACCAAAAGGAAUAAAGGGCCAAAACGGGCUGCCAGGCCAACCAGGACACAGAGGAGACCCUGGACCAGAUGGAUUACAACAAUUUGGGCCACAAGGAUUACCUGGAAUUAUUGGACCACCAGGACAAAUAGGUGACCCUGGUCGUGAUGGAAUUAAAGGUUCCUUGGGUCAACCAGGAAUGACUGGGGACCCCGGUCCCAUGGGUCCUCGAGGGCCUCCAGCUCCAAUACCAAUAGACCUGAUUGGAUCCCCAGGAGACCCCGGUCAGCCAGGUGACCCAGGUCCAGUUGGUUUCUGGGGAGAUACUGGAAGUAUUGGAGUAAAAGGACAAAGGGGAAAUACUGGAGCCCCAGGGAGGCCUGGACAAAGAGGUCCCACAGGUGAGCCUGGUAUUGAAGGCUCAGUUUUCUCAAAAGGAAAUCGGGGACCUGCAGGUAUCCCAGGAAUUCCAGGAACCAGAGGCAGACCUGGGCCAAUGGGAACAAAAGGAGACCAAGGGAUCCCUGGACCGCCAGGCAUAAAUGGGGCACCAGGUCCAAGAGGUAACAAAGGUGACAAGGGAGAACCAAAUUAUUAUGGACAUGGCCCACCGGGACCGAUUGGACAAAAGGGGGAGCCAGGAUUAAGCUAUAAACACACAAUGAAGGGUCAAAAAGGAGAGCCCGGUAUUGUUGGACCUGCGGGUCUACCUGGACGGCAUGGAUUCAAGGGAGAACCAGGACCCGAUGGACAAAAUGGUUCACCAGGCUAUCAGGGGCCAAGAGGUUUAGAUGGGCCUCAGGGAUGGAAAGGACACAGAGGGCCAAAUGGACCACCAGGUGCCCAAGGCCCACCAGGUCCUCCUGGUUCUGUGGGUUCUAAAGGGAACCAGGGACAGGAUGGGAUUCCAGGGCCACCAGGACAGAAAGGAGAUGCAACUGGAUUAGAGGGUCCGCCUGGUCCACGUGGUCUCCCUGGCCAACCAGGUGCUCCUGGGCAUCCUGGUUCUCCCGGCUUGCCUGGCACAGGAGACCAUGGACCAAGAGGAGCAAGAGGACCUCCAGGUGGUCAUGGGGGAUCUGGUCAGAGGGGACCACCAGGAAGAGAUGGGACGUGUGUCCCCGGCAUAAAAGGGGACCGUGGACCUCACGGCGGUCAGGGUAGACCAGGCAAUCCUGGUCCCCCUGGACCUCCAGGACCUUCAGCACCUGGGUUGAAAGGGAACAUAGGUGACCCGGGCCCUCCAGGGAGACCAGGAUACACUGGACCCCCAGGAGAUUCAGGCAUCCCUGGUCCACCUGGUCCAAGAGGCCAACCUGGGGAUCCAGGACCAAUAGGCGAUUCCGGUCUUCCCGGCAUUGAUGGGUUCCCUGGUGACAGGGGAGAUCCUGGAUACAUCCCAGGCCCAACUGGUCCACCUGGUGAGAAAGGUUUUCCAGGACAACCUGGCAUCAAAGGUGAACGGGUGUAUGCCAAGGUGAUAUAUGAACCUGGACCGCCUGGCUUACAUGGCCCUCCUGGCAACCCUGGACUGCCUGGAAACACUGGACCAGCAGGACCACCAGGCCACCCAGGUCCCAUGGGUGUCAAAGGAGUCCAAGGUUCCAGCCCAGUCGGACCACCUGGAUUUACAGGUCACAAGGGAGACAAAGGAGCGGAGGGUGUGCCAGGUCUACCAGGCAGACCUGGAGAUCCCGGCAAGAAGGGUCCUGUCGGCUUACCAGGCAGAGGCGGUUCAGCCUACACAACAAGCUUCCUGAUAGCACGACACAGUCAGAGCAACCAAGCGCCACAGUGCCCAACAGGAACCAGUCUCAUUUACUGCGGUUACUCUUUCCUCUUCAUGAAUGGAAACGAGCGAGCGCACGGUCAGGACCUCGGGACCUCGGGAAGCUGCCUCCCUCGAUUCUCCACCAUGCCCUUCCUCUUCUGUGACACAGAGACAAACUGUCGCUAUGCCUCUCGUAACGACUACUCCUAUUGGCUGUCCACUGACGCCCCUAUGCUACCCUCCAUGGUUGCCAUCAUGGGGGAGAGGCUACCCUUCUACAUCAGCAGGUGUAGCGUGUGUGAGACUACGUCACAUGUCAUAGCAGUCCACAGUCAGACAACUUUGAUACCGGACUGUCCCAGUGGCUGGGAGUCUCUCUGGAGUGGAUAUUCAUUUGUAAUGCAAACAGGUGCUGGUGCAGAAGGCUCUUCCCAACCGUUGAUUUCUCCCGGAUCAUGCCUUGAACAUUUCCGUCAAGUGCCGUUCAUAGAGUGUCAUGGCAGGGGGACGUGCAAUUACUACCCUGAUUCCUACAGCUACUGGUUGGCGCCAGUAAGCACCAACAUGUUCAGUAAACCUGUUCCUCAGACGGUCAAGGGUCCUUCUCUCGAAGGUGUCAUUGGCCGUUGUCGGGUUUGCCGUAAACAAUAGCAACCUGAGAAAGUCGACAGAUGUACCGACACACAAUAUUGGCACACCAUGACAUUCCAACAGAAGUCAUGUAUUUACCCAAGAAGCUAAAGUUCCUAUUCAGUUUCUGCAGAUUUAUACAUGCAACCCAGGAGGUUGUGCUCUUCAAGCAAGACAGAGCUUCUUCCUGCCACUUACACACACAUACUGUUGACCCUCAGAAAUGCAGCCGUGACACAGAUGCUGAUCAAUUUCACAACUGUCGAGCAGCAAAGACAUAUGAUAUUAGUUUUGAUUGCAAUCUACCAGUUGUUAUUUCACUGAUAUUGAAAACAUGAUUAAAAAAAAACAUAAUUUGUCUUUUGUCUUGUAUUCAGGCCAAUACGGUAUAUUACAGAAAAGUGAGCAACCCCUUUGCCUGAGCAAAGAUGGAAAAUAUC